AUGGGCGACGACGGUGCUUCUGAAAAUCUGGAGGACUGUGUAAGGAAGCUCCAUUCGGCGUUUGAAAAGCUGAAGGAAUUAUUGGAAGCUGCUGAGAAGGAAUCCCACAAAACUAAGAAGCUGAAAAAGACCAACAAAAAAAGGGGCCUGAAAACAAGUCGUAGACUUCAGAAAGCAACAGAUGAUGAUGAUGAAGCAAACCAUGAGUUAGCCCUAGUAGUACUUGAGAACAAUAAUACUUGUUCACCAAAAUCAAUUUCCCCUGCAUCAGUCUCUGGAACCCCUCCUAACAACUUAUUAUUGAAGUCCUGCCUCAGGAGGAAAAGGAAGGUUCCCGCCGGUGAGGAUGUAAAGCGUGAACCUCUUAAUAAGAAGGUCAGAUUUGAUAAUGAAGGGAAACCCGUCAGGAUAAUUGAGAUUCCUGCAAAGAAUGCUGGCCGGAAACCAUAA